AUGGAUCGUUCGUAUACGAUUCUGUCACACAAUACGAAGAAUUCAGUUGGUUUCUGGUCAGCUGGUCACAGACAAGGCAGAAGUAACUUAUUUUAUUGGAGGCUCUUCAAACCUUCCAGAUUUGUUAAUCCGCAAUGUGAAUGCGGCUACGUGGUUGGACUGAAAAGAUGGGGAGCGGGGCAGCCGGACAACUCUAACAACGAUGAAGACUGCAUGGAGCUCUAUGUAGUAAGAAACCAACCAACCGGUCCCAUCGUCUUCAAUGACAUAUCCUGCACAAAACAUAAAAUGUGUGCUCUCUGCCAAACUGACGAGAUCUAG